GUCUCAUAAAAAGCAAUAUUAAUAGAAUUUUUGUUCUAAACACCACAUAAGACUUGUAAAUGUUUUUAUUCUUAAAGUUUCAGUGGCCAAUGAAACCUCAACAUGCCCUAUGAUUCUUAUGAAAAGGUUUGCCAAAGUUGAAGACACACUGGUGGUCAAACCAUGCACUGUGUAGGUCCUACAACAUAUCUAUUUCACUAACAGACAAUACACAGUGACAAAUACUUCUACACUGUUUGUUUAAAACCACCUUUUGUUCUUCACGAAGGGAUAAAAGGAGUUAAAUUACUCUUGACGUAAACCUCCAUUUCUAUACAAGUGUAUCUUGUUACACUUCUCCAUUGGAAACAGGUUUUACGCUACUCUGGUACAGCAUUUGGUGUUUACGUGUGGCACAAAUAUGUUGUCUUUUUUGCUAUAACUAAGCCAUGUGGGUGCAGUGUUAUAAGAAGAAAGUUGCUAUAAAUCUGAUGUGCUAUUAAAGUUUUGCGAUGCUAAAGAAGAAAGAGUCGCCAUGGUACACAAACCAUCACAUUCGGAUACAGAAUAACUUUGCCCAUUGGAGACAUCACUCCUGUAGAGUACAUUGGAACUCGCUAUGUGAUUGCAAUGGUGGUGAGACGACGUGGUGUCUCAGCCAAGUGAAGGGCACUCUCGAGGAUGAUGUGACCGAGGCGGACCUGAUCUCCUGUGUGGAGUUCAACCAUGACGGGGAGCUGCUCGCUACCGGGGACAAGGGUGGCCGAGUUGUUAUAUUUCAGAGGGACCCAGCCUCCAAGCAGUGCGUGCCGAAGAAGGGCGAGUACAACGUGUACUCGACGUUCCAGUCGCACGAGCCCGAGUUCGACUACCUCAAGUCGCUCGAGAUUGAGGAGAAGAUCAACAAGAUACGGUGGCUGAAGCGGAAGAACCAGUCGCACUUUCUGCUGUCGACCAAUGACAAGACUAUCAAACUUUGGAAGGUGUCGGAGCGUGACAAGCGAGUGUGCGGCUACAACACGCGCGAAGAAGGCGGCAGACUGAGGGACCCGGCGCGAGUCACGCAGCUGAGGGUGCCUACCGUCAGGCCCGCUGAGCUGAUGGUGGAGGCUUCUCCCAGACGGAUAUUCGCCAACGCGCACACGUACCACAUAAACUCGAUCUCGCUAAACUCGGACCAGGAGACGUAUCUGUCGGCGGACGAUCUGCGCAUCAACCUGUGGCACCUCGAGAUCACCGACCAGAGCUUCAACAUCGUGGACAUCAAGCCCGCUAACAUGGAGGAACUCACCGAGGUUAUAACCGCGGCAGAGUUCCACCCGACUGAAUGCAAUCUCUUUGUAUAUUCUAGUAGUAAGGGUACAAUAAGGCUAUGCGACAUGCGCGCGGCGGCGCUGUGCGACCGGCACGCGAAGCUGUUCGAGGAGCCGGAGGACCCGCACGCACGGUCCUUCUUCUCCGAGAUCAUCAGCUCCAUCAGCGACGUGAAGCUGAGCAACUCGGGACGAUAUAUGAUGUCCCGGGAUUAUUUAGGAUUAAAAGUAUGGGAUCUAAGAAUGGAAACGAAACCAGUAGAGACAUAUCCAGUGCACGAGUACCUGCGCUCGAAGCUGUGCUCGCUGUACGAGAACGACUGCAUCUUCGACAAGUUCGAGUGCUGCUGGAGCGGCGACGACCAGCGCCUCAUGACCGGCUCCUACAACGGCUUCUUUAGACUAUUCGAGCGCGCGUCGGGCGGCGGGCGGCGCUCGGAGCUGACGCUGGAGGCGUCGCGCGAGGCGGCCGCGCGGCCCCGCCAGCCGCUGCGCGCGCGCCGCGUCGCCACCACCGCCAAGAGGAAGAAGGACGAGAUAAGCGUGGACUGCCUCGACUUCAACAAGAAGAUCCUGCACACGGCGUGGCACCCGCACGAGAGCAUCAUCGCGGUGGCGGCCACCAACAACCUGUUCAUACUGCAGGACAAGUUCUAGCCCGCCCCGCCGCGCCGCCCCUCGCUGUAAGUGGCCGUUGGACAGCCCUGGCGCUACACGCAUUGUCACACAGUUUAA